AUGGCUCUGCACAAAGACCUCAGUGAUCUGGGCGCGUCCGACUUCUCCCCGGAUUUGCCGCGCAUCACGGUCAUAGGCGGACAAUCUGCCGGCAAGAGCUCGCUCGUGGAGGCCGUCAGUGGUAUUGAUGUACCUCGCGACAGCGGAACUUGCACUCGUUGCCCUAUGGAGUGCCGCCUCUUCAGCGGCGCUACCACCUGGUCUUGCCUAAUCUCCCUCCGCUUCGACCACGACGCCAAAGGCCAUCGUAUCGACCCCGUCACCGAGGCUUACAGCCCCGUCCUCAUCGACAAGGCUGACGUGGAGCUUUGGAUUCGGCGCGCGCAGGCGACGAUCCUCAGCCCGCACCGCUCCAAGGAGUUCUUCAAGAACAAGUCGGCGGACGAGAUUCGCUUUGAAGACCCGUCGCGUUUGAAGUUCUCGAAGAACGCUAUCUUGGUCAACUUGAAGGAUCCUGGGUAUACGGAUAUGGCGUUUGUGGAUCUUCCUGGACUCAUCCAGAAUGAGGACAAAGAGCUGAUCGAUACUGUGCACGAGCUCGUCGUCGAGCGCAUUCAAGGGAAGAACACCAUCAUCCUCGUCGCCGUCCCGAUGAGCGACGAUAUUGAGACCGUCAUGGCCCUUCGCCUCGCGCGGGAAGCCGACCCGAACGGGGAGCGUACCAUUGUCGCCGUCACUAAGGCCGACAUGAUGACCACCGGCGCCAGCGGUAUCCGCCAGCGCUGGUGCAACAUCAUCACCAACGCCGGACCCUCUGCUCGCAAGCAUCGCCUGCGCCACGGCUACUACGCUGUCAUUCUCCCCCACGACGAAGCCCGCGCCGCUGGUGAGACGAGGGCGGAGACGCAGAGCCGCUCCCGCGCCUUCUUCGACACGGAGUCGCCCUGGCGCGGAGUCAAGGACCGCAAGAGGUUCGGCGUCGACAAUCUUGUCGAGUACGUCAGCGGGCUGCUCGUGCGGCUCAUUGAGGAAGCCCUACCCCAACUCCGUGGAGAUAUCAACGCCCUCCUGCGCGAGUGCGGCGAUGGGCUGCGCGCGCUCCCGCCUCAGCCGCAGUUCGAGUGCGACGCCGACGUCAGCACGUACAUCCUACUGCGCGUCUCCGACUUCUGCAAUGUCUUCAAGAGUGCUGUGAGCGGUGAUCCGGCUAGUCGGCAUCGCGACCUUAUCCACACGAACCGCGACCACUACGCGAAGCUCCAGCGCGACAUUCAGGACACGCGCCCCGACUUCCGUCCGUGGCUUGAGAAGGACAAGUACAAGGAUCCGACCACCGAGCUCGAAGCGGGGAAGGAGAGUACCGCUAUGGACGUGAGCGACGUCAAGGAGGUCAUCAAGCAAGUGACGACGUGGGAGCUUCCUGGUCACAUCCCCUUCGAAGCCACGAAGGUGCUGAUCCAUCGGACGACACAGCACUGGACGGACCCGUCCAUCGAAUGCUUCGAGCAUGUCGCCGAGAACACCAGGCGCGUUGUUGAUCGGCUGAUCGAUGCCCACUUCGGCCAGUUCGGGAGCCUGAAGGAGCACGUCCGCGACAUUAUUCACGAGAAGUUCAAGGACGUGUCUGCCGCUGCGGAGCAGUCCGUCAAGAACGUCAUCAAGCUCGACACCGGUGCCCCGCGCUACACGCAGAACAUGACCGACCUUGAUGCGGCAACGACCAAAUGGAACAACAUGUUCUGUCAGUACAACAAUGAGUGGCGCAGUCGUGCUAUCGACUACGACGAAGUGAACGGUAACGAGGAGGUCGCCGCGCACAACCGCGACGCCAUCAUGCUUAUGGCUCGCGUGCGUGCGUACUGCGAGGUUGCAGCGAAGCGCAUCGUCGACACCGUCCCCCUGACCAUCGAGCAGCGCCUUGUGCAGCAAGUCGCAGAAGGCAUGCUGCCGACGCUCCUUUCCGCGCUGGAGAGGGAAAAGCCUGAAGAGAAGCGCGCUAUGCUUGACGAGGACGAGGAAGUCGCUUCGUCUCGUCGAAGCCUGCGUGCUCGCAAGGACCGCUUGCUCAAAAUCCAGGACAGGCUCGACAGGUGGGAGGCGGCGACUUAG